AUGCUCGUCGACAGUAUUGAUAAUAUAGACAUCGAUUUUACAUCUGAAGAUGAUAAUGGUAAUUUCACUUCCGAAUAUACUACAUUUACAUUGGACUAUAUGAGAAAAGUUGUCGAUUUUGCUCGACCUGGUACAGCAUUCACAACAGUGCAACAUGCAUUUUCACGCGUGCAAUAUCCAAUACAAUCAGCACAAUUUCGAGAAUAUGUACAAAACGAUAGAAAUAGUCGACAAAAAUGA